AAAAGAUCCAUCUCCACAACUAGAGUCUUUCAUUAGCAACCAUGAAGAGCUUCAUGGAACCCCGACUGUGGGUUCUGGUGGCUCUCAUCAUCACCUUCGCUGCCAUGGCCAAUGCCGACUCCACGUGGGAGUCCAAUUCACCUCAUCUUCCCUAUGUUUAUAGCUCCCCACCUCCACCACCUUACAAGUAUGAAUCCCCUCCUCCACCGCCUUACAAGUACAAAUCACCACCGCCGCCACCUUACAAAUACGAGUCGCCUCCACCACCGCCUUAUAAGUAUAAGUCGCCACCACCACCACCUUACAAAUAUGCGUCGCCUCCACCACCGCCUUAUAAGUAUAAGUCGCCACCACCUCCACCUUACAAGUACGAGUCUCCACCACCGCCGCCUUACAAGUACAAGUCAUCGCCGCCGCCACCAUACAAAUAUGAAUCUCCACCGCCACCACCUUACAAGUAUGAAUCCCCUCCUCCGCCGCCUUACAAAUACAAAUCACCACCGCCGCCACAUUACAAAUACGAGUCGCCUCCACCGCCACCCUACAAAUACAAAUCACCACCACCACCUCCUUACAAGUAUGAGUCUCCACCACCACCACCAUACAAGUACAAGUCACCUCCUCCACCCCCAUACAAAUAUGAAUCUCCACCACCACCACCUUAUAAGUAUGAAUCACCUCCACCACCAUCAUAUAAAUAUAAGUCACCACCACCUCCUCCCUAUGUUUACAAAUCUCCCCCGCCUCCACCUUACAAGUACGAAUCACCUCCACCACCACCCUACAAAUAUAAAUCACCACCGCCGCCACCUUAUAAGUAUGAAUCACCUCCACCUCCGCCGUACAAAUAUGAGUCUCCACCACCACCACCUUACAAGUACAAGUCACCUCCACCACCACCAUACAAAUAUGAAUCUCCACCACCACCACCAUACAAGUACGAAUCACCUCCACCACCACCAUACAAAUAUAAGUCACCACCACCUCCUCCUUAUGUGUACAAAUCUCCCCCACCACCGCCUUAUAAGUACGAAUCACCUCCGCCACCACCCUACAAAUACAAAUCACCACCACCACCUCCUGACAAGUACGAGUCACCUCCACCACCGCCUUACAAAUACGAAUCUCCACCACCACCUCCAUAUGUUUACAAGUCUCCACCACCACCGCCGUAUAAGUAUGAAUCCCCACCACCACCACCAUACAAGUACGAAUCUCCACCUCCGCCUCCGUAUGUUUACAAGUCUCCACCACCACCACCAUACAAGUACGAGUCUCCACCACCACCUCCAUAUGUUUACAAGUCCCCACCACCACCGCCCUACAAAUAUGAAUCGCCUCCACCACCACCAUACAAGUACGAGUCUCCACCACCACCUCCAUAUGUUUACAAGUCUCCACCACCACCGCCCUACAAAUAUGAAUCGCCUCCACCUCCACCCUACAAGUACGAGUCACCUCCACCACCACCGUACAAAUACGAAUCUCCACCACCACCACCAUAUGUUUACAAGUCUCCACCACCACCACCUUACAAGUAUGAAUCACCACCACCACCACCUUACAAGUAUGAGUCACCGCCACCUCCACCUUACUUAUACAAGUCUCCACCACCACCACCUUACAAGUAUGAGUCACCACCACCUCCUCCAUAUCUAUACAAAUCUCCACCACCACCCCCUUACAAAUAUGAAUCGCCUCCACCUCCACCUUACAAAUACGAGUCACCACCACCUCCUCCUUAUCUUUACAAGUCUCCUCCACCACCACCUUACAAGUACGAGUCACCUCCACCACCACCCUACAAAUACGAAUCACCACCACCUCCUCCUUAUGUUUACAAAUCUCCACCACCACCACCGUACAAAUACGAAUCAUCUCCACCCCCACCGUACAAAUAUGAGUCUCCACCACCUCCCCCUUACAAAUACAAAUCUCCACCACCGCCACCUUACAAGUACGAAUCUCCACCACCGCCGCCAUACAAAUAUGAAUCACCCCCACCACCACCCUACAUAUACAAAUCACCACCACCUCCUCCAUAUGUUUACAAAUCCCCACCACCACCACCCUACCUUUACAAAUCACCUCCACCCCCAUCUUACCUUUACAAAUCUCCACCACCUCCACCAUACAAGUACUAA